GAUCGUAGUUAUUGUUGUUUACGAUCUCGUCAACCGAUCAGUCUUGCGCUGCGCUUCGUGUCUACAAUAUCAAUUCUAAAAACGCUCGUUUAAAAAAAAAAAAAAUAAAACGGUUUUUUUAUUUAAAAGGACAGUUUUUAGUUUUUAUUCUCUAUAUUAAAUUAUUUUCGACUAUUUGCAAAUAAUUUACCAAUAUACAUUUAAAUACUAAUAAAUAAAUUACACCAUGAUUCGCUGUCAUAUUUACAUGAUCGUCGUCAUCGCGUUAGGCUUCUUCAGUUUGUUACCGGACUACAGUAAGCAUUAAUCUGCAUGUAUAUUUUGGUCCCAGAGAAAAUGGCUUAAGUCAAUUUUGUAGGGUUUUCACCUAUUCGUAAACUAAUAUACUACAUACAUUAACUUUUUAAACGUGUAAACUUUUGAAAUUUUGACCAAAAAAUGAAAAAGGGGAAAAAAUUGCACACAAUAAAAUGGUAUAUAAAAAAAAAAUUGACUUAAGCUAAUCCCUGCAGUCGUCUCUGGCUUCAAUGAUGUGCAUUUUGAAUUUAUAACGUUAUUAUAAUCGUUUUGGUUAGCUGUAGUUUAUUCAUUUUCGUUUGUCAUAAACAGGCGAUGCGAUCAAUUGUUGGGUUUGCUCCACGGACACGGACCAACGUUGCAACGACCCAAUGAACAUGACGAAGACCGCGAUUGAGGAUUGUAGCAGAGCACCGCAUUCGGCUUUUCUAAAGCCCGUAUGCAAGAAACAGAAACAAAGAGGUAUCUACGACGUUUAUGAUGGUUUUUUUUUUAAAAAAUCAUAUUCCGCAAAACGCACUAAUAAUACUUAAAAAAAAAAACAUAAUUAGGUACCUACUGAUAUAAUAUUGUUAUCACAUAAGCACGCACGUGUAAAACAGGUGAGGUAAUUACAAGGCGCUGCAACAUAUACAUAUUAUUGUCUAAUUAAAAAAUAUACCUAAGUAAGUACUUAGUUCGUUAUAAAUAUACAAUCUUUUAAAAUCAAAAAAAAAAUUAUAGCAAUCAACGCACAUCAACUUUUUAUUUUUGGUAUAGUAUAUAAUGAUUUAUUCGUUUCUCCUUGUAUAUUAACUUAAUAUCCCCUUCCGUCCGUAAUUUUCAAAAAAUUGGCCUCACCUCUCAUAAUAAAGCUUACGAGCCGUCAUCGAAGUACUAGUUAUGUAUACAGGCUUUAUAUACCUAAAUGUAACUCAAUCCGUUUUUCGUCCAGCAACAAUUCACACGUGACGACUAUAUGUUGUUUUGGAUUUUCAUAAUAAGCACUAGGUAUAACUUUCAAAAAGAAAACAAUUCGUUCGCAUAAUGUCUGUACAUUAUAUUAUUUAAAUCUUAAAAAUGUAUUUUUAUUUUUACAUUAAUAAUUAAACGCAAUUAUUAUUGGAUAAGACAAAAUUUUAUAAAAAAAAAAAAAACCAAAAAUUGACUUGAUUUUCGUUUAAUUCUUUUGAUAUAGGUACGUAUUGCUUAAUUGAUUGUACCAUUAUAACGUCCAAAUUACUUUAAAUUAUAAUAGACAAAUAACAAUAAUAUGACGUAUCGUUCGUAUUUGGGUGUUUUUUAGCUUUCAUCAUAUUAAAAACUCGUGUUGUUCUGCAAUUAAAUUAAGACACAAUGGACGGCAUUAAUUGCCUCGGUUAAUUGUUAUUAACCUUUCGGUUGGUUUUCGAAGUCCUUUGUAUAGUAUCUUGUAAGGACCGACUACGAAACACGGCCGGAAAUUCCAGUUUGUCUGUGCCCACCCGCAACGUUUAAAUUAUGAAUAUUUAUACGUCAUAUACAUAAAUUUUGAAUGGAGAUUUUUGAAACAAGCCGUAACGAAAUAAUGUUUUGUCGGCUAAAAAAAAAAUUGCGAUUUCCAUCAUAAAUUAACGGAUCAAUUAGAUAUUCGACGUACGACAAUCCGUGGGUGCGUUUACCGGAAAUAGUUUUGUUGCCUGUACAUACAAUUUUAACAUACGUAUUUUUCAACAAUUACGGUAUAUUUGAAGAACACAAAAGUAAACGAUUAGCAGUUGUGUAUAGUAUUUUAUUUUGAAAGUAGAGAUCGCGCGCUUACUGCUGCAGUUGAACAGAAUGAACAUCCUGAGGUCCUUAGAGGUAUUCGGUCUCGUAUUUCAAAAGAGAACAAACGCGUAAAAUUCUGCCGUAACGCGAUAGUGUGUCACCGUCAUCUGUUUUACUGCGGACGUUUUUAUUUCGACUGCAUAGUAUGAAACAUGGUUAUAUUGUCUAUUUUAUAUUUUCGAUAAGCGAUAAAUCAAAAUUUAGCUACAAUGCCUAGUUGCGUGUAAUGCAAUGCCGUAGCCGGAAGUAUUUUUCGGGGGGAGGGCUAGAAUAUUUUAUUGCUAGAGCUAAGGUAGUAUUAUUUAGAGGCUUGGGGGCUAUGCUCCCUAUUAUUGUUAUUUUUAACCCGCCCAAGAAUUUCAUGGCUCAUUAAAUUGUACAGAAAAAAAAUAAUUAAGUAAAAAAAAAUGUCCUUCUCAACAUUAUUGUUUAACGUUAAACAUGUGUUUACAUUCCGCUUUUUUCAAAAAAAAAUAUAUAACUUCAAAAUUUAAGCCCUUAACCCCCCCUAGCUACAGCACAGCUCCAGCUACAUAAUCGUCGUUUUUUUCCAUAUGUAUUUUUAAUAAUUUGUACACUUUUCUCCAAAAAACCGUAGGUAAAGCUACUUAAUAAAAUAUUAGCUCUUCUCGUUAUCUUGUUUCAUUAUUUCAAUGUCGGCAGGUAACAAUAAUUUAUUUACAUUUUAUUUCAGAUAUAGGUAUAGGGUAAGAUAAACAUCCGUAUACAAUAUAUUAUGCUAUAAUAAUUUUCAAAUGUAGGUCGCAAUGUCACAUGUAUAAUAUUAAAUCCGAAACACCCCUGAAAACGCACGUUGAAUUAAAUAUUUCACUGGUAUAAUUCACGCGUGUUGUCCCAAUACCGCAUUACCUAUAAGGUAAUUAUUUACUUCGAUGGUCGGUACCCACCAUCAUAAUUUUAUAAUUUACGAAUAUUUCCGCAGGAAUUGUUCUAGAAAUAAUAACUUUUUUGGUUAGUUUUUUUUUUUUUGAAGUUCAGAUAUUCGGAUGAAAAUAAUUAUAAACAGUACCUAACAUUUUGAUAAUUAUUGCUACGCGGUACAUACUCGUGUAUUUUUGGUUUAUGUGAAUACAAUUUUGUUAGCUCGACAAAAAAACUCAACAAUUUGAUUAAAGAUUUAUCAUAGGUUUUACUUAAAAGUAAAACAAAAGUUAAGUGCUAUAUGAUGAUGAACUUUAUUUUUUAUCAAACUUAUAAGUUAACUCGUUAAAAAUACGUACAAUUGUAGUUUAUUUUGUAGUUAUGUUUUGCAAUGACUUAUCGUUAGUUCAAUCAAAUCUGUCGUAGUUUAAAAAACUAAAUUUUUAUUCUAUACAUCCAUAUCAACUUUCCAUUUACAAAAGUUAUCUACAGUCUACCUAUAAGAACACUGCCCACGAUUUAUUUUUUUUUAAAUUCCACUAACAAAAUUUUUGAAAUACUAAUAUUAUAAACCUAGGUAAAUACUAAAUAGAUAUAAUAGUUUAAUAUAUUUAUCAUCAGAUAAUAACAUCGAUCUAUUAUAGAAAUUAAUGGUUUUGCUUUCGCUAGUUUGAUUGUAUAAUUUUAUAUAGGGACUUAGUAAUAUUUACAUAAAAAAUUGAAUGGAUUAUAAUACCAUUAAUAUUUAUCGAACGUUUUCCAUGUUAAAUAUUGUUAAUCUAUAAUGGUCUUGAACACUAUAAUUGUUGAAGAAAUUAAAAAAACCCAUUUGUACACUUACCUAUUUAUUUAUUUUUCACGAUCCACUUGAUAAUAGUGUUUAUAUUAGCUGUUUUCUAUUGUUAUAAAAAAACUUCGAUAUACCUAUCUAUUUCAUCUAUUUUCGAUUAAAAAUAAUGUACUUGCAUACUAUUGUACUAGUAUACUACUUGUUAGAAAGUCAAGUGAAUUCCAUUUCAUAUAACCACAUGUUUUAUAGUAAAUUCAAUUAAAUAACGAUAUAAAAUUAUUUGUAAAACAACACUGUUUAGAAAUUAUAUAUUCAUAGCCUUGAAGCUUUAAGUUUAAAUAAUAUUAAUUUAGUUUAUUAUUUUUGAUAGUUUUAUUUGUAUACAUAAUUGCCCUUUAUCUGUAAUUUGUUAGUUUCUAAGUCAAAGUAAAGUCUAAGUAAUAUUUAAUUUCUGGUAUGGGAAAAAAAUUAUGUUAUAUACUUAUACAACUGCCACUUGGUGUUAUUAAAAAAAAAAUAAAAUACAAAAAUAUAUUAUAGUUAGAGAAAAACGAAUUUAUUUAAUUUCCUAAUGUUUAAAUAUUAUACCUGAUGUAUUUUAUGAUAUAAUAUUAUGCGAGUACUAUAUUUUAAAUAGGAAUGAUAAUUCGAUUAUAACUGUAUUAUGAAAAUUGCAAUAUAUGCAUACUCAUGUACCUACAACGGGCGUGCAAAAUUUUAAUAGGUGUAUAAUAUAAUAUGAUAAUGAAAAACAUUUUCGAAUUUUAAACUACCGGAUUAUAAAUCUGGUAAAACAAGGUAGAACUACCUUGCGAUUAUCAUAAUCAUGGAGUGGUUAAAAAUACGAUUGCAGUGGGAGGGUAAAUAUUUUCAAAAUUAGUUUUGUUUUUAGAUUCCGAGCGUAAUGAAGGAUUUUAGUAUUGGUUUUACUAAGAAAUGUAAUUUUUUUUUUGUAUGUGAGCAACUUUUCUACUAAAAAUAUUGCUUUAAUCAAAAAUUGCAUAGAACCUUUUCUGUUGCAUUUUGGAUUUUGUUGCUCACGAAGAAAGAGUUUUUCUGAUUUUCUAUUUAGUUUUCAUAAUAAUCGGAAAAAACAAGAAACAGACGAAAAAUGAAAUCGAACCAAUUUACGUCGUGUAUGUUUUUAUAAUUUUAAAAUUUUACGCACGACGUUUUCCUUUAGAAUUAUUGCUCAAAUAUAAAAACAACAAUGAAUCUUUUUUGUCGUAUUUUUGUGUGUAGGAAUGUCUGAUAUUAAUUUUUCCUGUAGUUUUUUUAAUUUUUAAGCAAAAUCGAAAAAACGUAAAAAUAACGGACACAUUUACGAAAAUAAUGCAUUCAUUAGUUUCAAUUUUGUUCUUCUUUUUUUUUUUUGUGAUUCAGUUCCGAAUCGGUUUUUGUUAGCAAUGAUUUAUCGUUAGUAAUACAGAUAUAAAUUAAAUAAUUGUAUGUAUUCUACCUUCUCAACCUUCCACCUACAUCAGUAGUACACAUGUCCUCAGUAUGAGUACUAGUAUCAGCUCUUUUCGUUUCACAAUAAUGUUUUUUUUUUUUUUCUAUGAACAACUUUUUUACUAGAAAUUUUGCUCCGAUUUUCAAGUUUACUACUUUUUGUGAAUGGACAUUUUUGUGAGAUAGUACUUUACUAACAAUGCCAUUUUUGAAUUUUCCUAGGCGUUUUCAUAAUAAAUGUGAAAAACUGGAAAAAAAACUUAGGAAAAACGGGAAAAUUUACGAAAUGUAUUAUUUUCAAAUUGUUAAUAUUACUGCCUUUCAAAAUAUAUACAAGAUAUACAUUUAAUUUCCCCUCUACCUUCCCAACCCAUCAAUCGAAGUAUGUCCGUCUUUUUUCUAUUUUUGUUCUCUUGUAAGAUAUUAAUUGUUUGUAAAAUACUACUCCUUAGAAUUUUAUGGUUAUGCGGUAGCUCUCUAUUAAGAACAAUAUUGUCACAAAUACUUACAAUACUUAUAUGAUUUUUAAUUUGUUUUAUUACGACAUUCGAUUAGAGUGAAGUCCGUGGAUGAUGUACUUUUAUACUACGUUACCUAAAUAUUAAAUACAGUAAUAUUAUUAUGUGGGUCAAAAUAUUUAAACCCGUGAUGUAUGUGUGCGGUCAUUCGUAUUUGUGGUAAAAUAAUUUUAAUUCAAAUUAUUACAAUACCCGCUGCAUAGGUUGUUAUUAUUAUUGACACUGUCCUAAAUGGCUAUAGCGCUUACAUUAAGUCCAUCGUACAAGUUCGUGACAAUGAGAGGUCAACCGAAAAAACUCUGCUUACGAAAUGUCGUAAAAAUAAAACUGAACUCGGAAUACUUAAAUUAUGUUUGGUGUUCAUGGAAAACUUUGGAAUUCGUUUAUAACAGGGUUUUGUGUAUUUUUAUUACCUUGUAUACAAAAAAUGUAUAGGGUUCCCCCUCAGCCCACCAAGAUUAUCUCAACCCCCAUAAUAUUUAUAUUUUAUGUAAUAGGCCACUAAGACAGCCUUAAAUCCAAAAUUACAGUAUUUUAUAUACAUUCUGUACUGUUUUAUAACUUUUCAAAUAUUUAUAACAAUAAAAAAAGUGAACACAGAAGUAUAACUGUAUAAGUUAUACUUCUGUUAUACUCAUAAGUGUAUAUAAAUGUAUUGGGAGGGGGGGAUGAACAAAAAUUUGAUUGUUGUAAGCACCCCCUAGUUCCCACAAUUGCGCAUAGGUAUUUUUUUAACCCCCGGAUCGAGUGCUGCAGUAAUUUCGACUGAAAAACGAUAAAAUGCUCAGUUUCCGUUACCGAUUGUCGCGCCGUUCGCGUUUAUUAUAGCACAAUAGUGUAACGACAACAAAAUGACAAGUUUGCGGAAUGAAAACAUAAUAACAAUAUAAAUAGUAGUACACGCGGCUAGUUACUAAUAUACAUACAUACGCGUAACAGCGAAACGAAUGAACGAUCGAAAACAGACGUCGUCUUGCCGCCGAGAUGUUUGAGUAUUACAUCACGGUUAUUAUGAUAUUAUCGUUACAACUGCAUUGAAGACCAUUCGUAGCUUUUAGGAGAAGAAACGAAAAAACACUACAAUAUGAAGUAACAAUGUACGCCGAAAAAUAAUUCCGAGAUGUUUUAGUGAAUUAUUUUUAGAUUCUGAGAGUAGCACAGAACCCGCGUACACCGUAGUAGUUUUACCAAGAUGUGUUUUUUUCUCUCGGAAAACACUUAUUCGGUUAACGAAAAUGCUCCAAUUUAUUCACGCAAUACUUUAAAAGACGAUGAAUUUUUUGUUUUGUCCGACGGUACUUUAUUCGAAACAUUUUCCUAAAUUCUCAACAUCUCUUUAUACUUACGAUUCAUGUUUUUUCGUAUUAUCAUUUCACGCCAUUUGCGGUUAUUAUUUCGUCGGUUCGUAUUAGAUUUUUUUUCUUCGGAUCUAUCGCACCUGAUGCUGCAGUCAUCGAUACAGGUACUCUUUUAUUCUAUCAGUCGGUGAGAGUUUCAUAAAAUACUUACGGCUACGGAGCAAUCUUCACUCGUUUGUGGUUCGACGGAACGUCUAUACGCGAGGGAAAAUGAAAAUCGCAAAAUAUUGUGUAGGUAUGAUUUAUCAACCAAAAAAGACGGGCAUACUUCAGACGAUCGGCGGGCCACUGUUGUGAGACGUUAGGAAGGUAGGAUUUAAGGGAGAUUUAAUGUAUAUCUGUACGCAACGAUUAAUCAUUGCUAACGAAAAACGAUUCUAAGCGAAGUUCGGUUAUACAUGUUUUGAAAGGCUGUAAUAUUUACGAUUUUCGUCAAAAUUUAGUAUUCAAAUACUCAUAUAAAAAAUAUUCUACAUUACAUUCAAUUUUUUUUUCGACUACAAAGUACGACUUAUAAUGAGCCUCCUGUUAAAUUUUUAAGCAUCAUCAAAAACUCGCAAAAUUAAAAUUUCUAUAAAUAGCUCAACAAUUACUGAAAUUUGUUAAAAAUUUACCACGUCUAGAAAAGUCAAAUAUAAUUGUUCUAUCUAAAUUUCAAGUCUCUAAAAAUAUUUUUAACUGAAUCACAACAAUAAAACAAUAUUAAAAAUAAUACAUUUCGUAAAUUGUCUCGUUUUCCUACGUUUUUUCUAAAUUUUUCCCAUAUAUUAUGAAACCCCCAAAAAAUUUAAAAAAUGACCUCCCUAAAAUAUAACCCAGAUAAAAUUUCAUUUCAGAAAAAGUGCUACACUUUAAAAAAUAAACAUUAUAAAAUCAUCACAUUUCUCAUUUCGUUGAAAAUCAAAAUUACUUUGGGUGUACUUUGGCUAAUGGGUGUGCCAUUAUUUUGAGAGGUUGGGAAUGUAGAAUACUUAAAGAUAUUUCAUUUAUAUCUCUACAUGACGAUAAAUCAUUGAUAACGAAAUUCGAUUCUGAGCAAUGUUCGGUUAAACAUUCGUUGAAAUGAAACAAAACCUAUUAUUAUCAAAAUAAUAAUAUUAUUUCCAUAGGUUAUACUAUAAUCGUAUGAUAUCGCUUUAAGUCUCGGGAUUAUAAUAUAACUCACAACCCACCCAGCUAUAUUAUUUAGUUUACUGAAUUUUCAGAUCUCUAUACGUGUAGUAUUCGCCGAUUUUGAGCAGUAGAUCAGUAUUCCAAUAUUUUAUCAGCUUAGGCAACCGUUUUCAGAGUAUAAUACUGUAUAAUAUACUAUGCCGUCAAACAGCGGUAAUCGGGGCUUUCUCCAAUUUUCCCGCCGUUACACGAUUUUUUUGUAUAAAGUAAACCGCCUGUCUGAAAUCUGUUAUUAUUAUUUUUUUUUUACGUCACUUCAGCAUCACUUUUUGUGAUUAUCUCAUCGAUUUUAAAUUUGUUUCAUUCCCCCCUACCCCUUAUCCGUUCCGUAGAUAUUAUUAAGCAUACUUCAUUAUAUAUCCGUCGAUCGAUUCGUUUCGAGAUUUACACGGGGAGGCACAUUGUCACGGGAUCGUCACUGCGCGUACCGAACCGGAGCGAUUUCGCGGCAUCGACCGAAUCGUAUUUGAUAAUAUUAUAUAUAUAUACAUAUGGUAUACUUACUUAGAGAUGCACAUUUUAUACACGUUUACGUCAGGUAUACCGAUGCAUAGUUCACUACUAGGCCGCUGCCGCCGCCUCAGAUAAUUAAAAAUAAAACCUGAACUAAAUAAUAUGUCUGCAUCGAAGUCACGACGUUCGGAAUCGAACAACAAGCAAGAAGAAGAAGAAGGGUCCAAGGGUGCAGGGGGCAGAGUAAAAACAAUCAGAUCAGACAAAUGUCCCUACAACAUUGGUAGGUUAGGUGCCUAUGUGAAGUAUGUUAAGUAAUUAUUGCGCUAAUUAAAAUACACAUAUAAAGAGCACAGGGAAAAACCAGAGAAGUCACUUUUUUCAAACUAUUUCACAGUUUGAACGUAGUUUUAAUUUUAAAACGUAAUAAUUUUUGUUUAUACAGUAAAAUGUUCGGAUUAAGUUUAAUGUUACACUUUGAAAUGUUGUAACCACAACAUAAUAAUGUCAUAUUAAAUUAUAUUAACCAUGGCUUUAGCCGUGUAUUAACCCAACACUUGUCUGGUUACCGACAUAAGUAACUGUUUUUUUCUUGUAGGCCUUAACUUUUGGCACUUAUUACUAUCGAAUAAUCUGUUUUUUUCGCCGGUUCGAUCUCGUAAAAGAUAUGGUACAUCAAUAAUAAAAAUUGUUUGAUACUAAUAUCGCCAUUUUGGAAAAAAAAAUGACUCUUCUGGGUUUUUUUCCCUAAACCCUUCAUAUAGUCUCGUGUCAUUGCGACAACGGUUUCCCAGUUGCGGUUCGAUAUGAAGUUACGAUAAAGCCCCUAAUAAACCUCUAAAUUCCGAUAGAUAUGUGUCACUGUUCUAAUCUCUAGACCGUUCCAUGUAAAAAUUGAAAAUACGCCACUGAAAAAACAUAAUAUAAUUCCUGUAGCAAUGUACAGGGUCUUUAAAAUUGCACAUUACAGUCAAAUUUAUUGUUCAUGAAUAACUUAUUUGUCCAAUAAAUGACUUAUUAUAACAUUUUAUUAUCAUAUUGUGUUCUAAAAUUUUACAUUGUACUUAUUUUUAUCACCCUUAUUUUUGAUGAUAAAUCAGCUAUUGACUUUUUAUUUUUCAAAUAGUAUUAAUAUAAUGUGUAAUAUUAUAUAAAAAAUUCCAUAAAUAGAUGCAAAUGAGGUUUUAAAUAUGUUCGCCACUCCACUGAUAUUAUUUAUAUUAAUGUAGGAAUCCAAAGAAGACUCUCCGUUAUAAUAAAAUAAUAAUACAAGGACGCACGGCAUAGCUUAUAUAGUAUCCUUUAUAUUCGUCCUCGGCAUAUAAUAUGAUAUAAUCGCACGCACGUCGUCGGGUAAUAAGAUACCUGUAUUGUUGAAAAUAUACGAGUUUACGACGAAUACAGUGAGAAUAAAAUAUUAUGAUAUAUAUGAUGAUUAAAUAUUAUUUUCUCGAUCGAAAUUCUCAUAUUAUACGGGUGUAUACGUUUAAUAUAUAAUUUCUAAAUAUUCCUGAGCGCCUGUAUAUAGAUUAUUUAGUAGGCGUGUCGUAUGCCAAACAGGGGCAGACUGAGGACCGACGGGAUACUGGUAAAAUUCGGGCCGCUGAUCGUGUUAUAACGAAGUCGUCAAUUGACAUUAGUCCUUAUAAUUGAUAGAUAAUGAAAUACUAUUUAAUGUUUUCCAUCAUUUAACCUAUACGCCAUUAUGUAGAGAAGGCAUUAGGGAAUUCAACACGAGUUUUGGUUCUUGUGUUUUCCCUGUGAACAUCUAAUUGUCUUAAUAAUGGAACAAAAGCGGAAGAAAAAUGUCGAAAACGGAAAUAUUUACAGAAUAACGGUUUCUGUUGAAAUCGAUUUUGUUUCUUUUGUUGUAAUAAUCCAUCUGCAGUAAAAACAAUCGCAUGCACAUUUUCACUUAGUUGUUAUACUGACAUUACCUAACUGGACGUGAUGCGAUUUUCAAAAUAUUGCGGCCUUCUCGAGUUAUAGCUAUUUGAAAUUUUGGAGGUUUUCGGUUUUUUUGUUGUUGUAUGUGGAUAAAAUGUUUUCGAUCCGUCAAAAAAUCGACAUUAAAUUGUCCUUAUGGGGAUAAUAAAUAAUAAUUAUAAACCUAUUUAUUGUUAUAAACUAUAAGUUAUAAGUAGGUAUAUCUUUAUGAGUCAUCUAUAACGAUUGUAAUUGUAAAAAUCGCGUAUACCUACUACCAUUGAUUAUUGAAUAGACGUCAUCGAUAUGGUACAUAUUUAUUAUUGUUGGGAGGAAAAACAAUUGUGUAGAAUAUUACUGCGCAGUCUCACGGGAACCCGCAUAACUAUAGUUUUAGCCAUCAAAUAUCUUUAUACCAUGGGCUAACUGUCUAUUUUAUAAUCAAUGAUACAACAGUUUUCUUCGAGAUUCGUUAAGAAUUAUUAUUGUAUAUAGCAUGAACAUGUAUAGGUGUAUAAGUGCCUAGCUUUCACUAUACAAUUAUUGGUCGGUUGGUUAAAACGGUUAAAUUAAGGUCCAGUGAUGCCAAAAUUAUAACUGUUGCGAAUCUGUAAUUACCAUAUUAUUACGUCUACAUUAUAAUAUAUAAGUCCAUUGAGUAUUUAGGUUCUAAUUUUAUAUUUUCUCGAGUAGAUAGAUUGUUUGGUGAACGUGUCAAUGCGUUAUAAAAACGAUUUCGAGACUCCUCGUAUACAUCACGAUCCGUACAAUAAUAAUUGGUCAAUCAUUUGUUUAGAGCACUGCAGCCGGAAAGAGAUUUUUUUUAACGAACGUCCUUUUUAGGUGUGUCAGCCAACCUACCGACAUAGGUAUCAGAAUCGUCUUUCGUUAGAAAUUAUUGGAUACAAUACGGUUACGUACGGUGCCAUAAUAAUGAUAAGAACACAUGAUUUUACCCCUUCAAAAAGGCGUGUGAUUACAAACAAUAGGCUUGUGAAACAGACAGUAGCGCUUGAAGGAAAGGGGCUAAGUAGAAGUAAAAUGGAGUAUGAGUCUAGAAGAACAGGAUAAGACAGCCAACGACAAUAAGCUACUAUAGGUAAGAUUGAGUUUUAAAUACCUAUAAGGGCUUUUCUACAGAAAAUUAUGGCUUUCAUAAAAAUGUGAAACAUAAAGCUAAAUGUGGUUGUAUAAAAUGGAGAGAAGUGCAAGGUGUUUUAUGUGACAAAAGAAUUCCAAUGAGUCAAAUUCUACAAAAGUGUGUUGCGACUAUGUUGUAUAUGGUUCGGAGUGAUGGGUGGUAGACAAAAAAAUAGAACAGAAAAUAAGUGAAGCAGAGAUGAGAAUGCUUAUAGGUAAACGAGUAGAGUGGCUUAUAGGCACAAUUUCGAUAUUACAGAAAAUGAAUAAACUGAGAUGGUUUGAGCAUGUUACGGGGAGAGAAGAAUCUGAAACAGUAGGUAAGCAUUGUAAUAAAAAUAAACGUAAGAGGAAAGAGUUGGAGAACAAGACUGAGAACAAGAAUAUUGGACGCGAUUGCAGGAAAUUACAUUACAUCGGUUGUUUUCGUCGAACAUUUGCAUAUAAUUUAUAAUAAUUUAUCUCGAAGACAUAACAUUAUCGUGAAUUAUUACUUAAUAUUAAAUUAUUAAGUAUCUAUGUAGGUUUAAAUAUUUCUUUAAGGUACUGGUUUUAGGUAUUGGUUAAAAAUAUUACGGCCAUCUUUUUUCCUGCGAACAACUUUUCUAUCAGCAAUUUUGCUCAAAUUUACAAUUAUAGCACUGUCCGAAACGAAAUCUGAAUGGGAAAGUACUUAAGAAGGUCAUUUUUUGAUUUUCCCAAAAGUUUUCCCAACAAAUGUGAAAGACCCGGGAAAAAACAUGGGAAAACCGAGUAAAUGGUAGGGAAAAGAGAAAAUCGGUACAACAUUGAACAAGUAUUAUAAAGAAAAUAUAAUAUAAUGUAAUUAUUUUACUAUAAUAUGACGUAUAUAUUGUUGACAAAGCAACACUAUCAAAUGAACUCCGCUCAGAAUCGUUUUUUCGUUAGCACUGGUUUAUCGUUGCUUAUAAGUAAAUUACCUAUAACAGUGGCUGCACCCAUCUUUAUUAUCUUAGGACAGCUUCUUUUUUUUUUUUAAAUACCUAUAUCAAUGUACUCUAUGUUUGUGACGACAACACAGGCACCGUAUCGCGCUACAAAAUACAAAUAUAUUUUUAUGAUACAAAAAAAAAAAAAAAAAAAAUGUAAGGCACCUAUAUAAUUAUUAUCCAUAGCACAAAACCCUAUGUAGGUAAUUAUACAAAAUUACAUUCGUUUUUAUCGAUCGUAUAAAACUAUUGGUUUUGUUUUGUUUUUUUUUUGAAAAACUAGGGAGGGCUAACCUAAAUAAUAUUACUAUGUACCUAUAUUGUUUGUUCAGUUUUUUUAUUCUCAUUAUUAUUAUCGACUUUCGGCUUGAUACGGUCAUUGUAGCGCAGGUAAGUUUACACAUUGAUAAAAUGAUAAAAAAAAAAAAAAAAAAAAAACCAUUACACCGUGUGUCCACAAAAGUCAUCAUAGUAGAUACACCCUAUAAUUUAACCCCACGUGUAUAGGAAUAUACAUACAUAUUUUCGAAUUCCGGCAGCAGAAUGCGUAACUAAACCAAUUCCCCUGAUUUAGAAUACAUUUAUAUAUAUUACGUAUAUGUAUUUUAUUAAUUCGUUUCUGUUGUGCGUGCGCAACACAACGUUCCAUUUUAUUUUUUUUUGGUUUUUCAAAUAUGUAGGUAACCCUGUUUUGAAUUCGGAUCGAUCGUUUCGAUGUAUAACGUAUUAACUUAUUGUAUUCUGAAUCCGAAAUUGACCGAGUGCGAGAGCCAUAACCCGAGUAAUUUUUUUGACGAAUUCAAAUGCAUUUUUCACCGCGCAGUUAUUAGUAUAAUCGGGAGGGGGGGGGGUAGAGGGGAAACGAAAAUGAUACUGCUCUCGUUCGGUCGAUUUUGGCCAAUUCGAAAUUAUCAAACGUGAUCAUUGUCAUUACUGUUAGCGUUUUGAAUAAGCGCCAAAGCAUGCCGGGCGCGCGUCGCGUUUUAGCAUUUUAGCGAACCCGACACCUGAUUAACAAACGUCUCGAUCGGUUCGUUUUAUUGUUACAGUGAACGGAGAGCUGGUGAUAAUCCGGUCGUGCGCGUGGGCCGCGGACAGCCGCAACGACGACGGCCCGUGCGCCAUCAACGCGCCCGCCAACGUACGCAUCGAACACUGCAGCACGUGCGACAAAGACCUUUGCAACGGCGCCAUAGACGUGGGCGGUACGGUGUUCCUGACGGCCGUCUUGGCGCUGGCCGCCAAGUUCGUGUCGAGAGUGUUUUGAAGACCGCGCGCGGCCCGGCCGCGGCCGACGACGUGGUCCGCGCGGCCGAAGAGACGCGAGACGGAG